GGGAAAGCAAUUAAAUGGAAAGAGUCUCCCAAAGAUUUGACAACAAACCAACUAAUUGUUUUUGGAGUCUUUAAGCACACAAGUGCAAAACCAAGUUUCUCCUUUCAUCAUUAUUGAUUGGUAAAUUAAGAAGAAGAAUAUGAUGAGAGAAGCAGGAGGCAGCUUGGUGCUUGUUGCAGCAUAUUCAACUUGUUUGCUCCUCUUUGCUUUGCUUCUUUCUGCACUCUUUGCCCCAUUCGAUCUUCUACCAUUUCAUUCAUUGAGAUGGGAGAUGAUGGGCAAUUGGAGAGAUGGUCUGAGCAGCAAUAACACAAGAGUUGUUGAGAGCUUAGAAGAGAUAGAGCCUCUUGAAUUUCUAAUGGGAAGACUAGUGAGAGGUGAGGAUCGUAGCCAACUACAAAAAACAGGAUUUUCUUGUCAUACUGAUUUACAUUCCAAAGUGUGUUUGACAAAAAACCCAACAAGAAUCAACAACAACAACCUUAAAUUUUACAUCUCAACCAACAAUGAUUCUGAACAAACUAAUUUUUCUCCGAUCUUAAUUCAUCCAUAUGCAAGACAAGAGGACAAAAUUACCUUAAGAGAUGUUACUCCACUCCAAAUAGUAUUCCAACCAAACAAAACCCUUUUACCCCUUUGUCAAUUCAUCCAUAAUGUUCCUGUUCUCAUCUUCUCCACCGGCGGCUUCACCGGCAACCUUUUCCACGAGUUCGACGAGACCAUCAUCCCUUUGUUCAUCACUUCCUACCACUUUCGAACUGGGGUUCAGUUUCUCAUCACCGACCACAAACCUUGGUGGGUCCGAAAAUACAACCGAAUUCUCUCCGGUUUAUCCCGUUACAAUGUCAUCAAUCCAGAUGAAGAUGGAGGUGUUCAUUGCUUCAAUGGAGGUAUCAUAGGGCUUAAAUUCCACAACAUUUUAUCGUUGAACAACACCGAUAUUCCGGGAGGUUAUUCGAUGGCGGACUUUCGGAGUUUCCUAAGACAAACGUAUAAUUUAAAAGUGAAACAUGUGAAGGACUUGAGUGAGGAAAAGCCAAUGGUAAUGUUGAUAUCUCGUCAAAAUUCAAGAAGGUUUAUGAAUGAAGGGGAAAUGGUUGAGAUGAUGAAGGAAGUCGGGUUCGAAGUGAUGCCGACAACGCCGCAAAGAAUGUCGAAUUUGGAUAAGUUUUCGUCGGUUGUUAACUUGUGUAGUGUGAUCGUUGGGGCGCAUGGAGCCGGGUUGACGAACGAGCUGUUUUUGGCGGACGGCGCGGUGGUCGUGCAGGUGGUGCCGUUCGGGCUUGAUUGGCCUUCUACGUUUUUCUUUGGGAAGCCAGCGGCUGAGAUGGAGCUUGAGUAUUUGGAGUAUAAGAUUGAGGCAAAGGAGAGUUCUUUAUGGGAAAAAUAUGGGGAAAAUCAUACGGUUAUUAGAGACCCUCAGUCAAUAUUUGCCAAGGGUUACUUUGCUAGUCGAGCUAUUUAUAUAGAUGGCCAGAAUUUGAACAUAAAUUUGACUAGGUUUCGAGAUACUAUGAUUCAAGUAAAGAAAUUGAUUGAAGAAAAGAAGAAGUUGGUGAAUUGAAACAAGAAAUUCUUUUGUCAUACUUGUUCACGUAUAGAGAAUAAGCAAAGUUACUUUUUGUGUCUAAUAUAAACAACAUUUUUUUUUUUUAUUUCUUAUUACUGCCAACUCGAUAAAUAAAACGAUAUGACAUA